AUGGGAAGGAAAAAGAACAAGAAAAUUGCUACCAGCAUUACUAAACCAUCCCCAAAAGAAAAAUUGUUUGAAACAACAUGGUAUUCCUCCUUUCAACACAAUUUAAUAGUACAAGAUAAUUAUCAUCCUGUUUUUCUUGGAUCUGAAAAUGUAUUAACACAUUGUCCAACAUUGUUUGUUUUCGGAGGAUCAAUUUCGGGAGGUGGUGAUUUUUUAGAGCAUGUUCAAUUUUUGAAACUUUCUAAUAUUAUUUCAUCAUUUACUGAUAGACAACUACGUGACUUGUCAACAAAUGACUUGGACACUGAAAAUACAUUACAACUGAAAUGGGAGGAAAUAAGAGUUGAUGAAAGGCCACCAGCAAGAGAAUUUCCUUGUUUGUCCUAUGAUAAACAAAAUCAAUGUGUCUACUUGUUUGGAGGAUUUGGAAAUACAUAUUUGAAUGAUUUUUGGAAAUUUGAUUUGGCUUCUAGGGAAUGGACUGAAAUUGAAACAACAGGAACUGCUCCUACACCUAGGUGUGGAUGUUCUGGUUGUUAUGCUCCUUCUAGAGGAAAGUUCUAUGUUUUUGGAGGAUAUCAUGGAGAUUAUUUGAAGGAUUUUUAUGAGUUGGAUUUGGAAACUAAUGAAUGGCAACUUUUGAACUAUUCACAUGAUAUUCCAUCCUUGACAGUUCUUUCUCUGAAUACUGACGCUUCUAAGGAUUAUUUGACAAUAUUUGGUGGUUAUACUAUGUCCAAAUACGUUACUGAUAUGUAUCACUUUGAUUUUAAUAGAAACAAGUGGGAAAAUUCAGUUAGAAAUUUGAUUCACUCAGAUGGACAUACUUUCCAUUCAAGGUGCAUUACUUUGAGAGGUAAAUACAGAGGUAUUCCAAACUAUAAUAAUUUCCUCAUACUGUAUUACAAUGGGGGAACAACUAUUUAUGAAUACGACGAAGAAGAAGGAGAACGCAUCAAAUAUAAGGUACCGAAAAAACUAGAAUCAACAUUUGAAAAAUUGGAUGCCAAGUUCAUUUGUGAAAUCAAUGAGGACACCCUCUUAAUUCUUGAAAAUACUGAACUAUACCUCAUUGAAAUUAGAAAGCUAAAAUCCACCAAAGGCCUCGACUAUUUCAUCAAUAAUUUGAAAGAAAGAAUCCAAAACUUUUCAGAUAUCUCUUUCAUAAAUUAA